UUCUGGCUCUCACGCGCAGCGCUCGCCGCUGUCGCCGAGUCCUCUCGCGCUCUUUCUCUCUCCCUGCGCGUGAACUCGAGUCGACGCGGCGGCCGCGCGUCUGAUCUCGGGCCUCGUUCGAUCUCCGGUCGACGCCGCCAGCGGGAACUUUGGUCACCGCGCAGCCGCCGGUCGUUCCUCCUUUUUCCCCACGCACAUCACGCGCCGGCUCCACUCAAAGUCGGGCGCGUCAUCGGGAUGAUGUCAUAUCCGUGAACAGGGGCUGGUGCCAGUGCGCGCAGCUCGGGUGUUUUUCUGCACGCGUGCCCACAAACUUUCAGUUCCCUCCGCGCAGUGACGAGGUUUCUCCCCGCAGCCCGCAUGGCGUGCGUGCGUAACGGGGACGGCUGGAUGGAUGCGCCCCCCUCCUUCCCAGGAACCCACCGGGCUCUUGCCGACGCGUAGUGGACGUGGUUGCGCGAGCUCGCGGGCAGAAAGUUGCGUGAUAUCUUUUUUUUUUUUUUCUUCCCGUCGAAGGAGGGAAACGUGUUCGCAGCCGCCAGAAUGUGGUCGCUGUCCGUGGUCCUGAACCCGCUGCUCUUCCUGCUGCUGUUCGGAUACUGCCCUUCAGCGACCAUCAGGCCAAAGGAGGGCUGGCAGGUGUACAGCUCGGCUCAGGAUGCAGACGGACGCUGCAUCUGCACAGUGGUGGCGCCGGAACAGAACCUGUGCUCCAGAGACGCCAAAGGCAGACAGCUCCGGCAGCUCCUGGAGAAGGUGCAGAACAUGUCGCAGUCGAUCGAGGUGCUGAACCUGCGCACGCAGAGGGACUUUCAGUACAUCAUGAGGAUGGAGAGCCAGAUCAAAGGGCUGCGCUCCAAGUUCCGGCAGAUUGAAUCGGACCGGAAGACGCUCAUCAGCAAAAACUUUCAGGAGCUGAAAGGAAAGAUGGAGUCCCUGCAGCCGCUCAUCCCCGUCCUGGAGCAGUACAAGACGGACGCCAAGCUCAUCGCCCAGUUCAAAGACGAGAUCAGGAACCUGUCGGGCGUGCUGAUGGGCAUCCAGGAGGAGAUGGGGGCCUACGACUACGAGGAGCUGCAGCAGAGGGUGCUGAGCCUGGAGAACCGGCUCCGCAACUGCAUGAGCAAACUCACGUGUGGAAAGCUGAUGAAGAUCACCGGGCCGCUGACGGUGAAGACGUCAGGGACCAGGUUCGGAGCCUGGAUGACCGACCCGCAGGCGCCCCCCAGAAACAACAGGGUCUGGUACAUGGACAGCUACACCAACAACAAGAUCGUCAAAGAGUACAAGUCCAUGGCUGACUUCGUGGCCGGGGUGGAGUCCAGGACCUACAACCUGCCCUUCAAAUGGGCCGGGACCAACCACGUGGUGUACAACGGCUCCCUGUACUACAACAAGAUGCAGAGCAACAUCGUGGUGCGCUACAGCUUCGAGACGGGCCGCGUGGUCACGCAGCGCGCGCUGGAGGCGGCCGGCUUCCACAACGUCUACCCCUACACCUGGGGCGGCUUCUCCGACAUCGACCUGAUGGCCGACGAGCUGGGCCUGUGGGCCGUCUACGCCACCAACCAGAACGCGGGCAACGUGGUGAUCAGCCAGCUGAACCCGGACACGCUGCAGCUGCUCGGCACCUGGAACACGGAGUACUCCAAGCGCAACGCCGGCGAGGCCUUCAUGAUCUGCGGGACGCUCUACAUCACCAACUCCCACCUGACCGGCGCCAAGGUCUACUACGCCUACUCCACCAAGACCUCCACCUACGAGUACACAGACAUCCCCUUCCACAACCAGUACUUCCACAUGUCCAUGCUGGACUACAACGCCAGGGACCGCGCGCUGUACGGCUGGAACAACGGGCACCAGGUGCUGUUCAACGUCACACUUUUCCACAUCAUUAAAACGGAGGACGACUCCUAAAGGGAACGCGAGCUGGCGCUGGAGGGAAGUCACGUUCUUUCAUUCCUCUGACUAGUUGUGUGGGCUUCUACACGCGCUUUCUUUCCUCAUUUCAUAAGACGAGUCCAGUGCAUCGAGAAGCAAACGGGGGUGAGACCUUGUGACUAAUUAAUGGCCCGUUCCAGCUAACAACUUCUCCAAACACCGAACAAUGAACCACAGACAGUUUCUGCAGCUCCAAAGUAAAAGCUCCUGUCUUUUUCUAUGUCUAAUGGUUUUCUCAUUCUUAUCGUAUGUCUUCAUGCCUUUUAAAUAAUUCAUAUUUGAACUGCGUUCGCUAAUUCUUCGCUUUGUUUCCAUUCUCCUCGGCCCAUUUAUUCGACGUCAUCUGCUAAUUUAUUCCUGCCUGUCACUGCCUCCACUUAACGUUCAAUUUAAUACUUUUCCUUUCAAAGCUUUAUUUUUUUCCCACUUGACCUUGGAGGAGCCGGCGAGAAACGCGCCGAACCACAAUGCACCUGCACCCGCACCGUCCUCGGCUCUUUCUGUGCGAAGCCUCUCGGGCGCCCGGGUCACCGUGGACCCGCUGCAGCACACCUGGCUGGUGCCUGGAGGCGUCUUUGUUCGUUAGCCUGCUUCAGUGCAGUGCGUCCCGUGAGGCGGAGGAUGGCGGCUCGCGUGCAUGAAUGUUGGCUGUUCUAAUAGCAUUUCUUCUCUUACCGUAGAUCUGUAUUUUGUAUUAUUGCAGCAUCUCGCCCUCCACAUUCUCAGACAGCAGUAGACGACUUCAAUACGCAUUUGUGUGAAUAAGAAGCAACACGUGACCAGAAUAAAACUAUUGUUUUCACUAAA